AUGGAUCCCUACAAGGGCCAGCUAAACCGAGGCUCCUUCUACUAUACGGACAAGUCUAUUCCAGACUACCCCGGAGCUACUGCCUCGGAGCUGAUGGAUGAGAAGGAGGACAGGCAGAGUGGUGCGUUCAAGUCCCUCUUUAGCAGUGAAGCUGACUUGAUCAGUGAAGGUGAUCCCGAUUACUAUCACGAUUACGUUAACCUGCCGUCACAAGCCCAAGCUCCACACCAGCAUCAACGCACACAUAGCUGUAAGAUUUCGGAAGUCGGCCAUGGUAGCCUUACACCGUUGUCUAAAACUGAGUGUGAGUCGGGCGGCAAUGCGUCCGCCAGGCCGGGACUAACUCGGACAUUUGCUGCCGACACUAUUCUACCCAAUCUUUCCGCCAAUCAGGCUCCGGAUAGACGUCCGUCGAAAUCACGGUGGCGUCUCUUAACGCGGGGAAAAAGUCUGACCAAGUCCCUCUCCUGUUAUGCUCUAAAGUUCUUUAACCAACAGACUCGCACUUUUGAGCUAAUCGAUGCUCCGGUACAGGAGUCACAAAAGAAACCGAAAGGUACCGCGAACAACGCCACAGGUGCGUUUCGCAAAGCUUCAGAAGGAGGGACUCGAGCCAGAUCUGAGGUGCUCUCGAGCGAACCACCGGAGAGCGAAGGACUGUGGCAGAAGGACGCUGGGCUGUCGCACGAUGCUGCUUUACCCGAUGUCUUUGACGAUCUGGACAACCUGGUACAACGAGCUUUGUAUGUGAAUGAAGAAACCCGACCAGUAUCGGGCGCCUACCGGGAGAAGAGGAGAAACUUGAUGAACAGAAGCCUGAGCGCCUUUGCCAAGCGGGACGUAGUCAAUCAUAAGCAGGCGAAAGCAGUCCAAAAGAGAGGGCCGCAGUCCUCCUGGAAAUUCACUAAACGUGAACGUAUUACCCUACUGCAAACGAGUACACGGGAACUUCUCUACUGUCUUUCCAUGUUUAUACUUCAACAAUGUGACAGUCUCUGUGUCACCCAUAAAUCCCCUCUCUACCCCGAGGAUAUAGUGGCCUGGAUAAAGGAUAUCGAUCGGGCACUCCUUCAACAGGGUUGGACAGACAUUACCUUCCUCAGUCCGGCAAAUAUUGUUUUCCUCUUUGUCCUCCUGAAGGGCUCAAUUAACUUCCGAAUCACCUGCAGUCGGGAGCUGCAUUCUAUCGUAAUGGUCUGUCUCUAUCUUUCCUACGGUUACAUGGGAAAUGAAAUCAGUUAUCCACUGAAACCCUUCUUAAAUGCCGAGAUCCUCUACAGUAUGCUGCAUGAAAAGGAGCCCCAACGUCUACGCACGAUGAAUUCGGCGAACUCCGUUAUUACGCGCAAUCCCAAAAUCACCAAUCACUUUCGAGACCAGUUCUGGGAAAAGUGUCUCAAGGUCAUCCAGGCCAAGAGUCGGGAAAUGUUGCAGCUAAAUGCGGAUCCGAUCGUGUUCACGGAAAGUAUAGCAGAGUUACGAUCAUACGGAACGCCCGCGUUACAGUCGGCUUGA